ACUCUGGGUGGGUGUAACAACCUGCUCUUCGGUCCCAUCCGGAGUGAACUGGGAAUGCGGAUGAAGGUGGGGGGAGGGGGUCACAUUCUAGAGGUCAACGAGACACUCGCUACUCUAAGUGGAUUGAUGGAGGGCACCGCAACUAUAGGCGCCGCAAUCUCCCAGUGGGCGGUGGCCCUGUUGAGAAAUGGCGGCAAUUGGUUCGGCAUCACUAUCUUCCUCCUCAUCAUUAUGUUGAGUUGUGUGGUUGUGACUGUUGUUCCGACCUACGAGGAUAUGAGACGUCUCUGGACCAGAUACAAGGAGAAGAAAGAGAUGUUGAGUUGUGUGGUUGUGACUGUUGUUCCGACCUACGAGGACAUGCGACGUCUCUGGGCCAGAUACCAGGAGAAGAAAGAGAUGUUGAGUUGUGUGGUUGUGACUGUUGUUCCGACCUACGAGGACAUGCGACGUCUCUGGGCCAGAUACCAGGAGAAGAAAGAGAUGUUGAGUUGUGUGGUUGUGACUGUUGUUCCGACCUACGAGGACAUGCGACGUCUCUGGGCCAGAUACCAGGAGAAGAAAGAGGUGAACGAAGACAUGGACGACACUGACUGAGAAUGACUUCAGUUUUUCCCAUUUAAUUACAAGAUAAAACACUUCAGAAGAUGAGACGAACAGCAUUUUUUGAUUGUAGAGUUGCAUUAUUUUUGGAGCCAAAAAAGAAUACGACUCUAAUUAUUUUUCGGUUGAA